ACUGAGCCGGCCCGGCCCGGCCCGGCUCGGCGGCGGCAGCAGCACCAUGUCGGGGCCGAGCGCCGUGUCGGACCCGCAGCACCCGGCGCGGCUGCUGCGGGCGCUCAGCUCGUUCCGGGAGGAGACGCGGUUCUGCGACGCGCACCUGGUGCUGGAGGGCGAGGAGAUCCCGGUGCAGAAGAACAUCCUGGCGGCCGCCAGCCCCUACAUCAGAACAAAACUGAAUUACAAUCCUCCAAAGGAUGAUGGCUCCACGUACAAGAUUGAACUGGAAGGGAUAUCCGUUGAUAUCAUGAAAGAGAUACUCGAUUACAUCUUCAGCGGGCAGAUCAGGCUAAAUGAAGAAACUAUCCAAGAUGUGGUACAGGCAGCUGAUCUCCUGCUGCUUACAGACUUAAAAACUCUCUGCUGUGAGUUUUUAGAAGGUUGCAUAGCUGCUGAGAACUGUAUUGGUAUUCGGGACUUUGCACUGCACUAUUGUUUGCAUCAUGUUCACUACCUUGCCUCAGAGUAUCUGGAAACUCACUUUCGAGAUGUCAGCAGCACAGAGGAAUUCUUGGAACUGACUCCUCAAAAACUGAAAGAAGUGCUGUCGAUGGAAAAGCUCAAUGUUGGAAACGAAAGAUACGUCUUUGAAGCGGUGAUUAGGUGGAUUUCUCAUGAUUCAGAAUCCAGAAAGGUUCACAUGAAGGAUGUCAUGUCGGCAGUGUGGGUGUCGGGCCUGGACGCGGCGUAUUUACGGGAGCAGAUGAUGAGCGAGCCGCUGGUGCGGGAGAUCGUCAAGGAGUGCAACAACAUCCCCCUGACACCCCCCCAGCAGGGAGAGGCCAUGCUGGCCUCCUUCAAGCCCCGGGGCUACUCCGAGUGCAUCGUGACCGUGGGGGGGGAGGAGCGAGUAUCACGGAAACCAACCUCAGUGAUGCGGUGUAUGUGUCCUCUUUAUGACCCCAAUAGACAGCUCUGGAUUGAACUUGCUCCUAUGAGUAUUCCAAGGAUCAAUCAUGGAGUGUUGUCAGCAGAGGGAUUUUUAUUUGUGCUUGGUGGUCAGGAUGAAAACAAGGGAACGCUAAGCUCUGGAGAGAAAUAUGAUCCAGACACCAAUUCAUGGAGUUCCUUACCACCAAUGCAUGAGGCACGACACAACUUUGGUGUGGUAGAGAUUGAUGGAAUUCUGUAUAUUCUGGGAGGUGAGGAUGGUGAAAGGGAGCUGAUCUCUAUGGAGAGCUAUGAUAUUUAUAGCCGGACCUGGACCAAGCAGCCAGACUUGACCAUGGUUAGGAAGAUUGGCUGCUAUGCAGCUAUGAAGAAGAAAAUCUAUGCAAUGGGUGGAGGCUCCUAUGGAAAACUCUUUGAAUCUGUGGAGUGCUACGACCCCAGGACCCAGCAGUGGACAGCAAUCUGUCCUCUCAAAGAGAGGAGAUUUGGGGCAGUGGCCUGUGGAGUUGCCUCUGAGCUCUAUGUCUUUGGUGGAGUCAGGAGUCGUGAUGACAGCCAAGCCAGUGAGAUGGUGACCUGCAAAUCUGAAUUUUAUCAUGAUGAGUUUAAAAGGUGGAUUUAUCUAAAUGACCAGAACCUCUGUAUCCCAACUAGUAGUUCUUUCGUGUAUGGAGCUGUGCCCAUCGGAGCCAGCAUAUACGUGAUUGGAGAUCUCGACACAGGCACGAACUACGACUACGUCAGAGAGUUCAAGCGGAGCACGGGCACCUGGCAGCGCACGAAGCCGCUGUUCCCGUCGGACCUGCGGCGCACGGGCUGCGCCGCCCUGCGCAUCGCCAACUGCAAACUCUUCCGGCUGCAGCUUCAGCAGGGCCUGUUCCGCAUCCGUGUUCCUUCUCCGUGAGCCACGAGCUGCCAGGGGAGGAGACUGGAAGAGUUCUGCGCAGCCCACCAUUAAUCUAGCUCUCUAUAUAAAGGAAAAGCUGAGAAAUUACAGCUGAAAACUUACACUGUAUGCUGUGCUUUGGUAUGGUAACUGUUUUUGUUUUAAAUGCUUAAAAAAGCUUGAGUCUCAGUUCUUGUUUGGGAACAAAUUAACUUAAGUAUACAUAAGAAAAAAAAAAAAAAGAGAAGAGAGGGGGGAAAUAAAAGGGGAGAGCAAGGAAAACACCUUCAGCCGUAACCAUUUGGAGUUUAAACCGUAUUAUUGAAGACGGUUUUUUUGUGUCUGGAACUGUGGGAAUUGGUUUCCUUUGGCGAAGCUUAUUGGAAAAGCGGAACAGAUUUCAGGUGCAUUUCCCCUGAGGGGAACUGGUCCGAAUUAAAGCGCUAUCUGGGACUGGAUAGCUGUUAAUCCACAGGAGCUGUACCAUAACCAACCUCCCUGGUGCGCUGCCAAGACUGCUGCUGGAGCGGGAUGCCGCAGGAGACGUUGGUCCGUUUGCACCUUUUAUUUCUAGUCCUUCCUCAAAAAGAUUAAGGUCUGUGCCUAUAAAUGGUGGAGGUGUGUACAUAACGGUUUUUCAUCCGUUCGCGACGGGUUCAUUCCUACGAAAUACUUUUAAUAUAUUUAAAAAAAAACGGACUAAUCUGAAGCAGAUACGGGGACACUGUUUUUUUUUUUUCUACGCUGUCAUUCGAGUAGCCUGAUGAACUGGUCUGCAGGUGGGUGGCAUGUGCUUCUGGGUGGGCUUUGGUGGCUGUUUUCUUGGGGUGAAAAGGGAAGCGGUGUUUGGAACGGUUAGUGGUGAUUUGCUGCUUUUGGUAAAAGCAAAAAAGAAAAAAAAAGAAACAAAUAGAUUGUGUUCCUUUUUACUUCAGAUCACUUGCAAGCUAAGAGUGGUUUUUAAGCCUGAGGGCCGUAGAAUGGUGUGUUUUGUCUCUCUUAGAACAAAAGUGAAGUAUGACAAGGAUAUAUUUCUUUUGCAGAAAACCUGAUUUUUGGACUAAGAGUUCAGGAAAAUUCGUACAGCGACUUUAAAUUGGGAUCAAAAGUUUGUUUACUAAUGAUUUCCGUGCUAAGGUACAGUCUUGUUUAUUGCUGUCUGACUUGGAAAGCUGGGUUUUAUGGCGUGGUUAGAGUGAAGAACUUAAUAUCUUGCAUUUCUUUUCUUACUAAGCCUUGUUCACAUCAGUAGCGAUAUUUAAUUGCCUUUUUUUUUCGUAGUCAAGGUCAGCUGGUAGAACACUUUUACCUCAGUUUUUGAUUUCAUUAUUGUUGUGAGGGGUGGGACGUGACCUCUAUUUAUUUAAAAGGAAUAAAAUGGGAGAGAUGGGAAAUAGAAAUCAGACCUCCUGCCCUUCAGAAAAAGAGGUUUUGGAUAACCAGUAUUAUAACUACACACGAGACUUUCCACUCUGCACCUUUGUGGACCUCAGACAAGCCAACCUCUGCCCUCAGUUGUGUUAGUGUGAACCUCUGUCAUCUUCACUGAAUCAUCUUAGACAUGCUGAGCUACAAUCCCAAACUCCUACAAAAUAGUGAUGUUUCACUAAAUAGUCCUUGAAGAGACAUCCUGAAACUUCUGCUCGGUCCUUCCCUAGCACUGAUGUGUGGUUGGAAUUACUCUGAUUUCUGAGCAAAGGGGUGGGGGGUG